AUGUGUGAGCCCGUGGAGUUCCUCGAGGACGCCUUCCUGGCCGCCUUGACUGACGGCAUGGUACACAACGGACUCUUGCUCGGCGAGACGUGGGAGGCGCUGUGUGGUCGCAAGUACAAACCACCGCCCACAGGCACCGCCGUUCUCGUCACGUCCCGCUCGAGGGACUUGACAGAUGCCGAGGUCCAAAUCGCCGCCAAGCUGUACCAAGACCGCGUGCAAUUCCAGCCCGACCUAGAUCUGGACGACAUCAUGCAGCAGGUCCUCGACCAACGCGAAGUCAACCACAUGAAAUGGGAUUUUGAACGAGCGCAAAAGAUCGCAGCCUACCUUCCGCGCCUUGAGCGACAAGUGACUGUACUCGUAAAGACCAAAGCGGGUUCGGUCAAGGAGCUGUCACCGAUGCAGUUUGCAGCGCACUUUGGCGAGCUCCAUGUCGUCCUCGCUCUCUUAGCCGUGAACUCUAUCGAUGCUGAAGACGCCUUCUUUGAAGCCUGUCGCGAGGGCUACGUUUCCGUUGUGACUGCACUCCUCAGCGCCUCCAACGUGACUUGGGGCGAGCAUAGUGUCGGCCACGGCUUCGUGCUCGCGACUCGUCGCAACCACCUCCUCGUUCUCCAAGCCCUCGUUGCGUCGCCGAGUCUACGCUUGGAUGUGCUCUGCCAUGGUCCGUGGUUCCAAGAUCAAGCUCUGGGUCAACGUGGCUGCUGA